AUGUCUUCUACAACAAGCGCUGCCCCGGCGGCGACGACGUCCUCGGCCGACUCAGCCGGGAGCGGCGUAGGACAAAGCUCCGCUGGAAUCAGCCUGGUCGCCUUUCUCACGGCGCUGGGCACAUCGUUGAUCAUCUUUGGUGUACAAAUCAGCAUAUUCCUGUUGUUGAGGAACAAGUUGGCGAGAAUCUUCAAACCAAAGUCAUACCUAGUACCUGAGCGGGAACGCACCGAACCUCCUCCUGCAAGUCCGUGGAGCCUGCUGCAUAACCUACUCCGAUUCAGAGACCGCGAAAUCAUCAAGAAGUGUGGCCUGGAUGCCUUCUUCUUCUUGCGGUACCUGCAAACCCUCCUCUUCAUCUUCGUCCCCAUCGCCUUUGUCGUCAUCCCCAUCUUGGUUCCCAUCAACUUUGUGGGAGGCAAGGGCAACUCUGUCGAUACCAAACUUACCAACAACAAGGACCCAAAUGCCGUCACUGGCCUCGACACCCUGGCUUGGGGCAAUGUCAAGCCAGACAAGCUCAGUCGCCGGUGGGCGCACCUGAUCCUCGCAUUAGGCGUCAUUCUCUGGGUCUGCUGCAUCUGUUUCACCGAGAUGCGUGUCUACAUCAAAGUCCGACAGGAUUAUCUAACCAGCGCCGAACAUCGCCUGCGGGCCUCGGCCAACACAGUGCUGGUCAGCUCCAUCCCUGACAAGUGGCUGUCGGAAGAGGCAUUGCGAGGGCUUUUUGACGUGUUCCCAGGAGGUAUUAGAAAUAUCUGGCUCACACGCGAUUUCAGCAAGCUGCUCGACAAGGUUCACAAGCGCGAUGCUGUCCACAAACAGCUGGAGGGCGCGCAGACGGAGCUGAUCCGGAACGCCAAGAAGAAACAGCUCAAGGUCCGCGCAGCCGAAGAAAAGAAGGCCCGCAAAGAGCACAAGACGCGGAACCUCACCAAGGCGGAGAGGGAACAGCGCCAGCGCGAUGAGGAUGCGGCCGCCCAGCGACGCGCUGCCGCCUCUGGAGGCCUUAGUGCUGGCGAUCACGAAGACGUCCAACAACUAGAUGAUGUUAAGGACGAUGGGUUCGGGGGAGUCGAUAGUACCGACGAUCUCGAACUCGGCAAGACUGAAUCCCGUGGCGGCCUUGAAGGCGGGCUUGCCAAAGUCGGUCACGGCCUCAAGGGCGGUGUUGGGCUCUUUGGCAAGGCCGGCAAAGGCAUCCUCGGCGGUGCGAAGCAGAUCGGGGGUGGUGUCGACAAGGAAUUGGAACGCACUGGCGGCUUUGAGUACAUUCCCGACCAGGGUCCGACCGGUCCCUCUGCGAGACCUCAGACCCGAGAUGCUGAGCGCCCCAAGAAGACUGUUCAUAUGGCCGAUGAUACGGACCCUCCAAAGGUGUCUUUUGCAUCGGAAGCCGGCCGGAGCAGUCGUGCGCCAUCGACCUCCGCCGGCUCGGUCGACUUUGGCCACCCGAGCAGGACCAAUACUGACAUUCGCAACCAUACCAACACCACAAGGAAGGUGGACAACUGGGACGACGUGCUUGUCACUGAGGAGAGCAAGUGGUGGCAAUUCUGGAAGCCCCCGUCGGGUGCCUACGCAUCCCCCGUACCCCAGGGCUUAGAGGGCGACGAGUAUCCUUUCAUCGACAAGGAGGUUGCUCACGAGGAGAAAAAGUCCCUCUGGGCAAAGAUCAAGUCUGCCAUCCCCUUCGUGGGCGGCGACGAUGAGGAACCGCCCGUGGACUACCCUACUGCAAUCAACCCGGACCACAGCGAUGACGACAAGGAAGAAGGUGCCGAAUGGAGGAAAUGGCUUAAGGAGUCAGACCGCCCCACGCACAGGCUCCCGCUCUUCGACUUCACUCCGUCAUGGCUGCCAGGCCUCCCAGGGAUUCACAAGAAAGUGGACACCAUCUAUUGGUGCCGAAAGGAGCUCGCUCAGCUCAACAUGGAGAUCGAAGAGGACCAGCAGCACCCGGAACGCUAUCCCAUCAUGAAUUCCGCCUUCAUCCAAUUCAACCACCAGGUUGCUGCUCAUAUGGCGUGCCAGAGCGUCACUCACCACAUCCCCAGGCAAAUGGCCCCUCGUGUCGUGGAGAUCUCGCCCAAUGACGUUCUCUGGGACAACAUGGCUGUGAAGUGGUGGGAUGCGUGGCUCAGGACCUUCAUCAGCAUCGGUGUUGUGGUGGGCAUGAUCAUUCUUUGGGCGUUCCCCGUCGCCUUCACCUCAGGCCUGUCGCAGAUUGACUCGUUGAUCAAGCAUUACCCUUGGCUGGGCUUCCUUGGGAGGAAUCCGACUGUCUAUGAUGUCGCCAAGGCCGUCGCAGGUGUCCUGCCCGCUCUUCUGCUGUCCAUUCUCCUGGCGCUCGUGCCCAUCAUCUUCGGUUUCCUGGCGUCGUUCGCGGGGGCUAAGACGGGUUCGCAGAAGACCGAGUCGGUGCAGAUUUACUACUUCGCCUUUCUGUUUGUACAGGUCUUCCUGGUUGUCUCCAUCGCCUCCGGUGCGCUCACAACGCUGCAAGAGGUGGCAGGAAACAUCCAGAGUAUCCCAGAGACCCUGGCUAAGAACUUGCCCAAGGCCGCAAACUACUUCUUCUCCUACAUGAUUCUGCAAGCUCUCUCGACUAGCUCCGGCACCCUGCUCCAAGUUGGCACCCUCCUUGUGUGGUUCGUUGUGGCGCGUCUCUUCGACAACACAGCUCGCAGCAAGUGGGCGCGGCAGACGAACCUUUCCAACAUCACCUGGGGAUCCUUCUUCCCAGUCUACACCAACUUCGCCUGCAUCGCGCUCAUCUAUUCCGUUAUUGCGCCCCUGAUCUCCAUCUUCGCCAUUAUUACCUUCAGCUUGCUAUGGUUCGCGCACCGCUACAAUAUGGUGUACGUGAUCCGAUUCCAGAACGACACGGGUGGUGUUUUGUACCCGCGUGCGAUCAAUCAGCUGUUCACCGGGCUCUACGUGAUGGAGCUUUGCCUGAUCGGGUUGUUCUUCCUCGACAGAGACCAGUAUGAUCACGUCGCCAGCGCGCCGCAGGGCAUCGUCAUGAUUGUUGCCGUAUUCUUGACUGUUCUCUUCCAGCUCCUGCUGAACUGGUCCUUUGGUCCGUUGCUCCGAUACCUUCCCAUCACCUUUGAGGAUGAGGCGGUCAUCCGUGACGAAGCGUUCCAGAGGGCCCAGGACCGGCGUCUGGGACUCAUCUCGGACGACGAUGACGCUGGCGAAGCAAACAGCCUGACGGCGGCCAACAGCGCUGUCACCACCGACACAGAUAUCGAGAUGAGAAAGCUCAACAACCAAGGCCGGACCGGAACGAAUCGGCUGGGCAAGCUGAACCCGGUCAAGGGCAUCAAGCAGGCCGGCACAUGGGCUGUGCGCAGCGGAAAGCACGUCGGCAACGCCACCUUUGGCAAAGCAGGAGGCAACUUGAAGACCGCGGCGCAGUACCGCAGAGAGCGCCGGAUGAAGGACCUCGAGGCGCAACGCAAGAUCGGCGAGGCGCUCUACGGCGGCUACCACGACGAAAUCGAGGACCUGACGCCGGAGGAGAGGGACCAGCUCGUCAAGCAGGCGUUCAAGCACUACGCCCUGCGGGCGAGACGGCCUACCGUGUGGAUCCCGCGCGAUGAUCUCGGGGUCAGCGAUGACGAGAUCAUGCGCACGCGGGAGAUGAGCGACUACAUCUGGAUCAGCAACGAGGGCACGGCUUUGGACAGCAAGGUCCGUGUUGUAUAUGGCCGGGCGCCUCCUGACUUUUCAGAUGUCGAGCUUAUCAACCUGUGA